AUGGCGCUUCUACGCCAGACUUGGACUUUGACUGUCAAAAAUUGGAGGAUAAUCAGCCGCCACUCCAUCGCGGCCAUUUUCAUUGCAUUCAUCCUCCCUAUCGCCUUGACGACAUUUUUCAGCUUCGCAAAGAAUCUUUUCGUCCCCCCAGCCGUCUACGGCGUUUCCGACCCAAGGCAGAUUCGUUCUCUACCGGAUGCCCUCGAUGCCGCAGCUAGCACCGGUAGACAGACCGUUGUCUUCGUGAACAACGGUCUCAUCGGCGGGGACAUCGACAAAGUCAUCGACACGCUCACUCAAUCCGUCGAGAGCGUCGACAGGAAAGCCCUACGCCGGUCAUCUACAGCUGACCUGGGUACAGACUGCCGCAGCAACCUUCGCGGCGUUUCCAGAUGCUAUGGCGCCGUUGUUUUCCAUUCUUCCCCCGCUGAGGGCACCGGCAAUUACUGGAAUUAUACCUUGCGCAGCGAUGGCGCACUGCGAUCAAUGGUCGUCGACGUCGACUCGGACAGGAAUGACGCUCAGAUCUACCUCUUACCUCUGCAACGUGCAGUUGAUGCUGCCAUCGCCAAAGUCGCCAGUUCCAACUCCUCGCAAGUCCAGCAAGGCCCUCUGCCCAACACGGUGACCGAAUAUCCCUUUACGAGCAUGACCCAGGAAGAACGUGCCAUUCAGAUUCGUAUCCGGUACCAGAGCGCCAUUACCAACUGGAUGGGCGUUGCCUUCAUGACCAGCGUCUUGUUUGUUACUUACCAUCUCACCGGAUUCAUCGCGACCGAACGUGAGAGUGGCAUGACCCGACUCCUCGACGCCAUGAUGCCUGUCAAGCAACGAUGGCAUGCCCAGGCGGCCCGCAUCGUUUCUUAUCAUUUCGCAUUUGUGCUCAUCUACCUUCCUGGAUGGAUCGUCGGUUCUCUAGUACUUCGAGCCGGUGUCUUUGCUCGCACGAGUGUGGCCACUGUUCUGGUCUAUCAUGUUCUCAACGGAAUAGCCAUGGCCUCUCUUUCCAUCUUGGCCUCCUCUUUUUUCAAAAAGGCCCAAAUCAGCGGCAUCGCUGCUGUUCUGAUCAUUAUCAUACUUGGGAUUCUCGCCCAAUCCAUUUCCUACCCUAGCACCGCCACUGUUGGUAUUCUCAGUUUCCUAUUCACGCCGUGUAAUUAUGUGUACUUUAUUACAUACAUGGCCCGUUACGAAUCAGGUGACGCUCCGACGAAUCUGAAACAGGUUCCUCCGGGUAGCCCGUGGCAACUCACUGGAAUCGUGUUAUGGGUAUUUCUGGUCAUCCAGGUAUUUGGGUAUCCCCUUCUUGGGGCAGUCAUCGAGUCGAGACUGCACGGCACUACCACCCAGGGCAGAAACGUCGUGUUCGGCUCGGCCAAUGACCCAGCAACCGAGGCGGCUGUCCGUAUCGAUGGCUUCAGCAAGAUUUAUAAGCCCUCGGCACUGCGUCGCAUGUUUUCCUUCAUUUCGCGCCCUCGCGAACCUGUUGUCGCUGUCAACAACUUGACUCUGAACAUCCGUCGAGGCCAAAUCCUCGCCCUUUUGGGCGCCAAUGGCAGUGGCAAAUCUACAACCUUGGACUCCAUUGCCGGCACCAACAAACUGACGAGCGGUGCUAUCACCAUUGAUGGCACCGGCGGGCUGGGAAUUGCGCCUCAGAAGAAUGUCAUGUGGGACGAUCUCACUGUUGAGCAACAUAUCCAGAUCUUUAACAGGCUCAAAUCGCCGAAAGAUCUUGCGUCGAAACAGGAAGUUCGCGACCUCAUCAAAUCGAUUGACCUUGAGCUGAAGCGGAAAGCCAUGUCCAAGACUCUGUCCGGGGGACAAAAGAGAAAGCUCCAGCUGGGCAUGAUGCUCACGGGAGGAAGUGCUGUCUGUUGUGUCGACGAAGUCAGCAGCGGCAUCGACCCUCUCAGUCGGCGAAAACUCUGGGACAUCCUCUUGGCCGAGCGAGGGCGCCGCACAAUUGUCCUUACAACUCACUUCUUAGACGAAGCCGAUCUGCUGGCUGACCAUAUCGCCAUCUUGUCGAAAGGUACACUACGUGCUGAUGGAUCUUCCGUCGAACUGAAAGACCGUCUUGGCGGUGGAUAUCGCGUUCAUGUUCAUAAGGACACUGGCAUUAAGGAUGGCCCUGAUGUCCACGGUGUUCAAAAGAAGAUCUCGUUCGAUCUUGUCAGUUAUAUCGCGCCAUCCUCAACCCUGGCUGCUCAGGUUAUCCGCACCUUAGAGGCCAACGACAUCCAUAAAUACCGAUUCUCUGGGCCUACAAUUGAGGACGUAUUCCUGCAACUGGCAGAGGAGGUCCGAGGAGAAGCAGGAGACUUCCCGUCCGCGUCUGACACGACGUCGGAAUACAACGAGAAGAAAGUAGCAUCAGACGAGGCUCAUACUACUGGCGUCGCAUCUCCGGGAGGGUUAAAACUUCUUGACGGCAAUCGCAUUGGUUAUAUGCAGCAAGCAGCCGUUCUCUUCCGGAAGCGCAUCACCAUCCUCAAGACCAACUGGAUUCCGCACUUCGCCGCCUUCAUUCUCCCCGUAGCAGCCGCCGGCCUCGUCACUUUAUUCAUCAAAGGCCAAAACAAGCCGGGAUGCGCACCCUCUGAAGAGCGUUCGCUCGACCAAACCCAGGGUUUCAGUCUCACAGACUUCACAUGGAAACUGGUUCUUGGGCCAUCUUCGAAGUUGGACUUGAACACCGCCGCAAGCGUUCUUCUGCCGGUUUUCAACGCAGCCUCUGGCAGCGGUGGCUUAGGAUCCAGUACGGGCACUGGACUAGGUUUUGCAAGGCAACUGCUUGAAGAGAAUGCCACCUUUGCUGAAACAUUCGACUCUUUCAAAAGCACCAUUGUUGAGCGACGGGUUGAAACACUGCCAGGUGGUCUUUGGUUUGGGGAUGGCAGCAUGGAACCUACCAUGGCCUAUAUGGCUAACUACAACGGUCUUAUCAAUCCGUUGCUGACCCAGAAUCUCAUGAACAUGCUCCUGAGCAAUGUCACACUCAUGAUGGCCUGGGCACCCUUCGCCACUCCUUGGGACCCUGACACCGGCAACUCCCUGCAAUUCCUCGUUUACACCGGCAUAGCUCUCUCGGCUUACCCCGGGUUCUUCGCCCUGUACCCGAGUCUGGAACGCCGGCGGAUGGUUCGAGGCCUGCAAUACUCCAAUGGUGUUCGACCAUUGCCUCUAUGGCUUGCUUAUCUCGCGUUCGACUUCAUCGUUGUACUCGCCUCCACAGCACUGGUGACUAUUCUCUGGGCGACCCUUUCAAACAUCUGGUAUCAUGUCGGCUACAUCUUUCUCGUAUUCAUGCUUUACGGGCUGACCGCUAUCCUUUUGGCCUAUGUCAUCUCUCUUUUCUGUAAGACGCAGCUUUCUACAUACGCCUGGGUUGCCGCAGGGCAAGCAGUCAUGUUCCUUGUCUAUCUGGUUGCAUACCUCUGUACGGUAACGUUUGCGCCGGUGACUCGGGUUGACGAUUAUCUGCUUGUCGUCCACUUUGUCAUCUCCGCCGUCGCGCCCAUUGGCUCGGUUGUUCGAGCUAUGUUCUUGACUCUGAACCUGUUCUCAACAGCCUGUGAUGGUCGCCAGCUUGCGCCCAAUCCGGGCGGAAUGCUCCAAUACGGUGGCCUCAUAUUGUACCUAGUCAUCCAGUCCAUUCUUCUCUUUGGCAUUCUGGUGUGGGCUGACAGUGGUUCUGUUGGCUUGUCCAUACGGCGACUUUGGCAACGUCGACAUCCUGAACCUGAAGAUCCUAGCUCGUCCGAUGAGGAGCUGGCAAACGAGCUGAACAGAGUCACGACGACACAAAACAACGAUGAUGGGCUUAGAGUAAUACAUCUAACGAAGACUUUCGGCAAGAACACUGCCGUUGAUAAUGUCACCUUCGGCAUUCAGCGUGGAGAAGUCUUUGCUCUCCUAGGACCAAAUGGAGCUGGCAAGUCGACGACUAUUUCUCUGAUUCGCGGAGAUCUCAAAUCAAGUCGUAAUGGCGGCGACAUACUGGUCGAGGAUAGAUCUGUGAUCCACGACUUGCCGGCUGCGCGGGCGCACCUUGGUGUCUGCCCUCAACACGAUGCGAUGGAUCUAAUGACAGUGCGCCAACACUUGGAAUUUUACGCUCGCGUCCGCGGCAUUCCCGAUAUCGAUCACAAUGUCAACGCCGUGAUUCACGCAGUUGGGCUCCAGGCCUUUUCGACGCGCAUGGCCCACGCGUUGUCGGGCGGUAACAAGCGUAAACUAAGCCUCGGUAUCGCGUUAAUGGGCAAUCCGACCGUGGUAUUGUUAGACGAGCCUUCUUCGGGCCUGGACGCCGCUGCGAAGCGUAUCAUGUGGAAGACGCUAGCGGCCACGGUUCCUGGGCGAUCUCUCCUGUUGACGACACACAGCAUGGAGGAGGCCGACGCCCUUGCGAGCCGGGCCGGGAUCUUGGCGAAACGUAUGCUGGCACUUGGCACGACAGACAGCCUUCGGCAUCGCUUCGGGGAUGCUCUUCACGUGCACCUGAUCAGUAAGACGGCGCCACAUACCACCCUAGAAGAAACAGAGAGGCUUCGUAACUGGGUUAAGAAAUUCCUACCUGGGGCUGAAGUGGAGGAGAAGACCUACCACGGCCAAAUGCGCUUUUCCGUGCCAGCGAGCGAAGUUCUGAGCGCGUUCAGUGGCCACAAAGUUGAAGAAAUCAAGCGGGCGGACCAGGAUGUAUCUUCCAGCGCCGUUGGUCAGCUGGCUGUCAUGUUGGAGGAGCAACGCGAGAACCUGGGUGUCAUGCAUUACAGCGUCAGUCCCACAACACUAGACCAAGUGUUCCUCACAAUUGUUGGAAAGCACAAUGUUCAGGAAGAAGGCUAUAAAGAGCCGGAGGGGAGGUCCUGGUGGCGUUUUGGGCGAUGA